CUCUCAGUCUUUGUUUUUUGGCUGUAUUAUGUAGUAAAUGAGGCAGUUGAAGGCACGCUUCUUUAGAUCAAGAGCAAUUCCCCUCAAUCUGUUAAAAAUAACAUCUUUUAAAAUAAUGUAACAGCGCAAUCCUGCAUCCAAACUAAGCCGUUUGAAUAUACGCGCUUUUUUUUCAUAUAAAAAAUGUUAUUCGUUUUCUUUUCUUUAUCUAAUGAAUAAUUCACUUGCUUUUAGAUAUGAGACAGAAAGCUUUUGUACCCCUGAGACACUUAGUACUUCUGUCAAUUAUGUCAAUUUACUUUUAACUUCUUAUGGAUACCCUGUUCCAAUCGUGGUUGAUUCUUCAGAUCCUGAAGAUAAAUGUAAAAUUAUCAAUUGUAUCUAUGCAUUAAUCAACGAUAGAAAAAAAGACAUGCAGGAGAAACAACAAUUAUUAGAAAGAAUUAAUCAACUUGAUAAGAAUCAAGAGGAAUUACAGACAUUAUUAGCAAAUCAUAAACGAGAAUACAUGCUUCAAGACAAAAAGAUAUCAGAACUAAAAACUAAACUAGAUGCGAGUGAAAAGGAACAAAAGAGACAAUUGACACAGAAUACACGUCUAAAGGAAGAGAUGACAAAGGCCAAGAAUAAUAUGCAAUAUAUGAAAGCACAAUAUGCGCACGAGACAAAAAGACACGAACAAGAUAUGGCAAAGAUACAAGACAGACUAUUAAGACAGAUGAACAACCACAUGAAGAUCAAUGUAGCAUCACUCGAUAUGAACUCACACUUUGCAACAACAAUGGAUAAUGCAGCAGAUGAUGAUGAAGUUGUUCAAGUACGUGCAAUGUAUUCUGACCUAUUAUUGAAAGCAACAAACAGAGAAAGGGACGCAAAGAGAGAAAGUGAAGAUUUAAGAGCAGCAUUAAUACAACUUUAUACAGGAGUAAGACAUCUAUUAGAAGAUAGGAUACAGCAAUCCAAUAUGAACAAGAGGGAUCUUCAACGUGAGAUUGCACGAUUUAGUUUACCCAUGGAUUGUGGAGCAAAAGAGGCUUUGAAGGAAGUGGAGGAUCUGCUGGUCAGGUUAAGAAUGGAAUGGAGCCAUCAAAUCGAUCAAAGACCGAAUGAAAACAUAGAUGAGCAACUACAUGAAAAGGAAAAGACGAUUCAAUCCUUGGAACAAUCAAUGGAAGAUUUACUGCAAAGUAUAGAGGCAAUGAAAAUUGAAUACGAAGGAAAGAUGCAAGUCUAUAAAAGAUUUGAACAAGGUGGCUUCUUUGAUACUGUUAUGCCUCAGCCUGAGCCAGUUGUGCUAUCAGACUCCGAGAGCUCAGUAACAGAAUUGGAUCUGGAGAAUAUAGCAAAAUAUAAAACAAUAAGAAAAAGGAUAAUGAGAGAUAGACGAAAGAUAACAGAAGCAGCUGAAGAGUUGGGAAAGCAGAGAGCACAAUUAGAGGCCGAGAAAUGGGCAAUUAAACAGCUAAAAUAUGAAAUACAAAAAAGAGAGAUAUUGGGCCAAGAGAAUACAUCGUAAGAAAAUGAUAUAAAAAAGAUAUGACUCCCUUUUUAACAUUCAAUAUAG